CCCCCGCGCCGCUCCCUGCUCCGCCUCCACAAAACCACCUCUCUCUCUCUCUCUCUCUCCAUACCCAUCGCCAUUGCUAUCCCCUCCGACGUAUACCCUCAAAGCCCUAAACCUAACCCUAAUUCCCCAAUCCCAGAUACUAGUAGACGGUUCACAUCGGAGGCAUGAAGCUGCGGGAUCGCAAGAGGCCGGGCCCUAAGCCGAAGGGAGCCGCCGCGAAGAAGAAGCCGAGAUCCUUCGGAGGCGGCGGAGACGACGAUCCCUUCUUCGAGUCCGAGCCGAAGCGCCGCCGCAGGAGCGGCGGAGACGACGAGGUGGAGAGCGAGGAGAGCGACGAGGAGUUUGUGGAUGGCGUUCGAUCGUCGGAGGAGGAGGGGGAGGGGGAGGAGGAGGAAACCGCGGACGAGAAGAGGGUUAGGCUUGCGAAGGAGUACUUGGAGAAGAUCCGUGCCGCGACGAAGAGGGUGGAGGAGACGGAGAAGGACGAGGAGGAUGAGGAGGAGGAAGACGUGGGGAGGGAGGAGAAGGAGGGGAAUAGGGAUUCGUUGGUUGCGGAGAUUCUGCAGAGGGAUCAGCUUGAGGAGAGUGGUCGAAUCCGAAGGUUUUUUGCUUCAAGGGUCUUAACUCCAGAACCUCAAGAUGAAUCCCAGUUCCUUGUUAAGCACCGCCAGUCUGUUACUGCUGUCGCAUUAUCAGAAGAUGAUUCCAGGGGUUUCUCAGCAUCAAAAGAUGGCUUGAUUCUUCACUGGGAUGUUGAAACAGGGAAAAGUGAGAAGUACUUGUGGCCCACCGAGGAUGUGUUGGUCUCACACUAUGCGAAAGCCCUUCAAAAGCCAUCUGCAAAGAGAAGUAAACAAAUAUUAACUUUAGCUGCGAGCUCAGAUGGACGGUACUUGGCCAGCGGCGGAAUGGACCGCCAUGUCCAUUUGUGGGACACUCGCUCACGGGAGCAUAUUCAGGCCUUUCAUGGUCAUAGAGGACCUGUCUCAUGCCUUGCCUUUAGACAGGGAACCACACAGCUUUUCUCGGGGUCUUUCGAUCGUACUAUCAAGCUGUGGAAUGCAGAAGAUAGAACUCAUAUGGAUAAUUUAUUUGGCCAUCAAAGUGAAAUAUUAAUGAGUGAUUGCCUACGGAAAGAAAGACUUUUGACUGUCGGGCGAGAUAGAACAAUGCGAUUGUGGAAGGUUCCCGAGGAGUCACAAUUGGUUUUUCGUGCCCCUGCUUCAUCUUUGGAAUGCUGCUGCUUUAUAAAUGACAGCGAAUUUAUAUCUGGUUCGGAUGAUGGAAGUAUUGAGCUUUGGAGCGUAACGCGGAAAAAGCCUACUCAUAUUGUAAAAAAUGCCCAUUCCUUAUUUUUACUCCAUAAUGAUCAUUCACAGAAGAGUGAAAAAGACAGUAUUCCUAAUGGUGACAGUACAGAAAAUCAUAAGUGGAAAGCUGAUAGUUCUUUGUCAGCCCACACAUGGGUUAGUUCCGUUGCUGUGUGCAGAGGUAGUGAUCUUGCUGCAUCAGGAGCAGCGAAUGGCGUGGUUCGUUUGUGGGCCAUUGAAAUGGAGUCCAAAGGGAUCCGCCCAUUAUUUAGUUAUCCUCUGGAUGGAUUUAUUAAUUCGCUUACAUUUGCAAAAUCUGGACGUUUCCUUCUUGCCGGGGUUGGCAAGGAACCUCGCUUGGGACGAUGGGGCCGAGUUCAAGAAGCCACGAACGGCGUUGCAAUACACUCUCUCCGACUAAAGUAAGACAAUGUUUCCUCAUUUUGAAGAUCCCAUACAAAGGAAUAUCUCGAUUUUUCCUGGCAACGAGUCAUUCCUCAAUUCGACAGUUACGAUUCCUUUCCCUCACGACUACCAUUGAGAGUUGUUCGCCCCCUUUUUCUGGCACACCCAAAGAUGAGAAUUUACAUGGAAUCUACAUUUAUUCCUCUUGAAAGAAUUUUGGUUCAAUUUAUGUAUUCUGGGUUCGACAGUGCUAUUCUGUGAGAGCCCCAUCCCACCUUGAGGUUUGAUGUUCAAUCCUUCGGAAAAGAAUGAUCUUCGGAUUCGAUUGUACCCAUUUGAUGCAAAUCUGAGUUGCUAGUGAUGUUGUAGGUUGGGCUGGAAGGAAAAGAAAAUAUGAAGAACAACAUGAUCUUUGUAUUCAAUCAGUUUCUUAUUCCACACAAUACAUUACAAUACCGUGGUUUAAUAUUUAAUCCAAAGGUCUCUUUAUGUUUU